GGGCAACGGGCGGGAGGAGACGGAAGGCUCCUUUCGCUGCUGCUGCAGCAGGAGGAGGAGGAGUCGCCGAUCAAUCUUCCCUGGCUGAGGCGCACGCAGCGCUUCAGGUUGUCCCGCUCCCUAGCCGUUUGCCCGCCGGCAGGGCGCUUGGAGAGCAUUGGCCGGUGGCGAAGCAGGAAGGAAGUCCCGCUUGGGGAGCCCCUGGCCGGGCGCCUUGGCUUAUGGCGCUGCAGCCGAAUGUCUGGGACGUUUGGUUACAAGUCCAGGAUUGUUCAGUCCAGCCGUAGAGAGGAGAACAAAAUGAACCACCAAGCCCAAUACAGAAGGUGCAGAGGGCAAUGGAAGUGAAGCAAGAGGGCUUGAAAAUGUCUGUGUGCAGUGAUUUUGUGGAGCACAUCUGGAAGCCUGGCUCCUGCAAAAACUGUUUUUGUCCCAGAAGUUUUCACCAACUGCAGGCACUUUCCCUUGAUCAGCAAGGCAGCAGUGAAGCCUUGCAAGAUUUGAAUGGAAUUGGAGCCAAAGUUGAAAAUACGCCUUGGGCAGAUGACAGUCUAAUUUCCUUCUCUUACUCGAAGCCAACUAUUGCUGUUAAACCAACUAUGAUAACCUCGGAUGCUACUGGCAUGUGGGCGGAUGGGAACUUGAAUACAGAUGCCUCACAGGUCAAUGAGAUCAAAAGGAAGCCUCAGAACAUCUCAGAAAAUCGUCCUUUAUUCCUUGGCCCAUCUGGUCCUGAAAGGGCAGAAAGAAAUAUGUCAUACAGUAAAGAGGGCCAGGAUUCCGUGGCCGGUGCAUCCAGAGUAACAAAUUUUGGUGAAGAUAAAAGAAGGGUUUUGAACUCAUUCUCCAACUUUCAUGUGCAUGAUUCUGUAUAUAACCUCCUAAACCCAGAAAGAGACUUACUGGCAUGUCCACCAGAAACUGUGCUAAAAAGCAGCAGUUCUUUCGAUUUGUCCCAAGGAAGUCCUUACUGUCUUCUGGUCAAAACCUCAGAUCAAAUUGAAAACAAGCCUACAGAUAGCAGAAGUAAUUCCAGAGAACAACAGCCUUCCUUUCAAGGAAAGGGACAGAAUGAACCCAUCUAUGCUGAGAGUUCAAAGAGGAAAAAGAUGCAGCAUAAUAACACCAAUACAUUAAAGAGUGGCGUCUUGACAAUUAGCCCAAGUAAAAAUCAACAAGAUGGAAGAGAGAAGACCUUCCAUUUGACCUGCGAGAGGAAUUUUCAAGAUCCUGCUUUACAAAGAACAGCAACUAUUACUCUGAUGGCCCCACAAAAAGAAGAUGACAGUCGAGCAUUUUUUCUUAGCAGCCCAGACUCAGCGGUUGGGGUACAGUGGCCAUGUGCUAGCCCCACUAUUAGCCCUGAUACUGAGAAGUCACCAUCUUUCUUUGAGCCUAGAGAGUUGCCACAAGAAAGAUGUGAUAUGAAUUCAAGAGACAAAAGCCCAGAGGCUGAGUCGCCAGUGUCUAGCAAGAAUAUGAUUGAUAGGAGUCCUGCUAUUCCUCCAAAGAUGUCCAAAGGAAGCCCUCCUAGACUUGAAGAGUCUCUUCCACAAUCAGUCAAUUCUUCCAUUAAAGCCAGUUCUUCCAUUGCUGAAACCUGGGAUACCAGCAUGCCAAGGGACGAGACAGAUGGCACUGUGACUGGGCCUUUGUCCUCCUUAUGUUCCCAGACGAACAGCAUCUCUCCAGAUGAAUCCAGCAGAGGUCUUCUGCCCUCAGGCUCUGAGAGAAGACCAAAAUGCUACCAUGUAUCCUGGCACAGGCCAGGUAGGAUUGAAGAAGAAGAGGAAGAAGAGCAAAGAAGUGCAGCGGAAAUGGAGAAUGAAAUAACUAGUUCUCCAAGUUUUUCAGAUGGUCUUCAGGUGAAACCAUGUCCUGUUCAAGCAGUUGGGACUCGAGAAAUGGGUCAAUCGACAACUUUUGCUUUUGAGUUCCCUAAAGAUGAGCCUGGACCUGAGGAAGUUGUAACUCCUCGGCUGCCUCCAAAGAAACCACCCAGGCGUCAUCUACAAACAACAAAAAAUGGUGAACUGGAGCAGUUGAUUAGUGAUUCUACCGAGAGCCUCAAGGGAUCAACAGCCAGCUUGAAUUUGGAUACAAAUGCACUCAGCAGUGGAGGAGAAUUGUGCAAAAUGAGUCUUCAUUCCUCCACCCAUCCUGAAAAACCUACCUUGCCUUCCGUUCAUUUUUCUGCGUGUUUGACUGAAAACACGGCACCGUGCAAAACUGGGGAGCCACCGCCUCUGCCCCAGAAGAAAACUGUCAGCAGAGCUCUUUCAUCACCCGAUGGAUUUUACUGGGGCUCAUCCUCUCCGUCCAAAGCAGCGGUCUUCCCGAGCUUCAAGCUGAACUCCAGUCAAUCAGAAAGUAACGUCUAUAUCCAAGAAAAAUCUCUCUUUUGCUCUAACUUGGGAAUUAACCAUCAUACAAUUUCGUCUUCUGAGUCUCUGGGAAAAAACUUCAUAGGGUCCACCGCUACUCCGUUCCCAAGUUCUACUAAGAACAGCAGCCUUUGUGGCUUUCAGGAUAGAAACUUUCCGUCUCGUUCUUCCUCACAGCACAGCAUAUCCAUCCAGGUCUCCUCAAGUUCUAGCCUUCAUCUCCACAACCUCUUCAGCAACAUCAACAGCAAAGAAGGCAUCUAUACCAAGUUGGGAGGACUCUAUGCAGAAUCCUUGCGCCGCCUGGUCUCAAAAUGUGAAGAUUAUUUUAUGCAUGAUCAAAGAACUGAGCUGCGUUUUAGUGAGAACUACUGGCCUUUCUUCAAACUUACGUGCAACAAGCCGUGCUGUAAUGCGGGAGAUGCGGUAUAUUUCUGUGCAACGUGUGCCAAGGAUCCUUCCAGCACUUAUGCAGUGAAAAUAUGUACCUACCAAGACGUUAAAGCUGCAGCAUCCUGUAUUAGCCCUUCCAUUCCCGUUCACUUCAAUAUCCAACAGGACUGUGGGCAUUUUGUAGCCACUGUGCCCUCCAGCAUGGUGAAAAAUGCUUCCGUGGACAGCCAGUGUCCUUCCCACUCUGCCACUGAGCAAGAGUGUGUGGUUGUCAUUACCCGCGAAGUGCCACACCAGACUGCUGCCGACUUUGUGGGAGUUGCUGAAACUUUCCAUAAAGAUGAGCCGGACCAGUAUGAGAGGAGAGUGUGUUUCCUGCUGCUACAGCUUUGCAAUGGAUUGGAGCAUCUUAAGGAGCACAAUGUCAUUCACAGAGAUCUUUGCCUAGAAAACUUGCUGCUGGUGCGCUGCAAACCUUUCAUAGGCUGUAGCAGGACCAAAAAUGACAAGCAUCUGCCAAGGCUCCUCAUCACCAAUUUUUUAAAAGCCAUGCAAAAGCCAGGCACCAGUGAGUCCAAAUCAAAGAAGAACCAGGCCCGGUUAGCUCCAGAGAUAGUAUCUGCCUCCCAGUUCAAAAAGUUUGACGAAUUCCAAACCGGCAUUCUCAUCUAUGAGCUUCUGCACCAGCCUAACCCAUUUGAAAUUCAGACCCGUCUCAGAGAACAAGGAUACAACCAGGAUGACCUCCCUGCCCUUCCCAACCUUUCCAUUUAUUCCAGCGGGCUCCAGAAGCUUGCACACUUGCUCUUGGAAGCAGACCCCAUCAGACGUAUCCCCAUCACCGAAGCCAAGCGGAUCCUGCAAUGUCUGCUUUGGGGCCCUAGGAAAGACAUAGCAGAUCAGCCACUAAAGCACAAGGACGCCCUUCACGGAGCUCUUCAGAACUGGAUUGACAUGAAACGGGCCUUGUUAAUGAUGAAGUUUGCUGAGAGGGCAGUGGAUGCAGAGCACAGCGUUCAGCUAGAGGACUGGCUUUGCUGCCAGUAUCUAGCCUCUGCAGAUCCCUCCUCUCUUUUCAAGUCUCUGAAACUUCUUCAGCUCCUUUGAUCUCUGUAGUGUUUUCAAACGUGGCAUUGGUUCUGGCAGAAUCUGCAUAAGAGUGCACUUGGCUCUGUUGAAAGUGGGCGCACACCACAUUUUUCCUUUGUGUAACAUUAACUGACCAAUUUUUUUUUUUAAAAAAAAGAUAAUGCAUUUUAUGCUGUCAUUGUGAAUGUUAUAAAAAUGUAAACAGUGUUAUCUAGAUUCCACCUCUAAGUAACUCUUGAAAGCUUUGGGGUUUGUUUUUUUCCCAAUUUGAAGGAAUUUGUUCUUGUAAAAUGGUUUGUUGUUAUUUUCAUAUGAAAUAGAUUUAAGUUAAAACAA